CUAUACCUGUCAACUCACUUAUUGUCAUAAAAGACUAACUAGAAUCUCUUUGAAUUCUUCCACCACCAUUUUUGAAUGUCAAAUUCCAUCAGCCAUAUAAUCUCACACACAAACCUUAUUAUAUAAAUUUCUUCAAAUAAUAUUUAUUUGUUCUUCGAUACGAGGAAAAAUAAAUUGAGAUAGAUCGAUGACGACCGUCUUUGGAAUAAUGGAAGUUAAUCUUGUUAGCGCUAGAGGUCUCAAAAACAAUGAAUUUUGGGGUGGUGGAAUAGAUCCAUAUGUUUUGAUCCAAUAUAGAGGUCAAGAACGCAAGAGCUCUACUAUUCGAGCAGGGCAAGGUAGUAAACCAGAAUGGAAUGAGAAGUUCACAUUCAAGAUAGAAUAUCCCUCAGUAGAUGGACAAUACAAGCUUAUACUUAAGCUCAUGGAUCAUGAUACAUUUUCUUCUGAUGACUAUCUUGGUGAAGCCACUAUCUACUUGAAGGAAUUUCUUGAAGUGGGAUUGGAGAAUGGAAGAGCUGAAGUUCAUCCUAAAAAAUAUAGUGUGGUGGGGAGUGAUCAAUCUUAUUGUGGUGAAAUUCAAGUUGGUAUCACAUUCACCCCAAAGAAGGCAACUCAUGAUGUGGAAGAAGAAUAUGGUGGAUGGAAGGAGAGUAAUGAUCACUCAUGAUUAACUAUAAAGGAGAAUGUGAUUUCGCGAAGAGAUCAUAAAUUCACGUACAUUAUAAUUUACUCUAUUAAUUCGAUAUCGAGUAGAUAGCUAUCUUAUUGUUAUGUUUAUGUAUUAUGUUUUAAGAGAUUGUUUCUUACUAAAUGAAACAAUUAGGGAUGACAAACAUUGUGGGGCGGGUUAAGUUAUAGCCCGUACAAAUUUCAACCCGGUUUGCAUUAUGUAUCAUAUUUUUUGUCUUUUAUAAAACUUUAUUAUUUAAAUAUUCAUAAGUUAAAAUA